ACAGGCGGCGGCGGCGGUGGCGGUGGCGGUGGUGGCGGUUACGGUUACGGUUACGGUUUAUUCAUUUCUCAGUGGAAGCGAGGGUUGUAUUUUCAGUCAUGGUUGGCAGGGAGCUGUGUCUGCUCGUCGCUGUGGCGCACUGGGCGGGUCUCUCCGCCGCCGCUUUCUCGCAGUCGAUGGACAGCGACUUCACAUUCACCCUCCCGGCGGGGCGCAAGGAGUGCUUCUUUCAGACGAUGAAGAAGGACGCCUCGCUGGAGAUAGAGUACCAGGUACUAGACGGGGCAGGCCUGGAUGUGGAUUUCUAUCUCGCCUCUCCGUCGGGGAAUGUGCUGGUCAGUGAUCGCAGGAAGUCGGACGGAGUCCACACGGUGGAGACAGAGGACGGGGAUUACAUGUUCUGUUUUGACAACUCCUUCAGCUCGAUCUCGGAGAAGAUCAUUUUCUUUGAGCUGAUCCUGGAUAACAUGGAUGGCGAGGGAGGGGAGGACCCCGAGGACUGGAGGGAGUACGUGCACGGCACUGACCUGCUGGACAUGAAGCUGGAGGAUAUCCUGGAUGCGAUGAACAGCGUGAAGGCUCGGCUGGGUAAGAGUGUGCAGAUCCAGACGCUGCUGCGUGCCUUCGAGGCGCGGGACCGCAACCUGCAGGAGAGCAACUCGCAGCGCGUCAACCUGUGGAGCUUCACUAACCUGCUGGUCAUGGUGCUGGUGUCAGGGGUGCAGGUCUACCUGCUGCGGAGCCUGUUCGAGGACAAGAGGAAGAGCCGCACGUAGCGCCAGCCCCCCAGACACACCACCCGCCCCGGGACGAGGACACAACCACUUUGUUACUGGUUUUGAAUUUUUUUUUUUUUUUUAAAUACAACAAUACAACUUCUCUCUCUAGCUGCCCUGUGGGUCCCGGAGCUGCCUCUCCUCUCUCUAGUUGCCCUGUGGGUCCCGGAGCUGCCUCUGCUCUCUCUAGUUGCCCUGUGGGUCCCGGAGCUGCCUCUCCUCUCUCUAGCUGCCCUGUGGGUCCCGGAGCUGCCUCUCCUCUCUCUAGCUGCCCUGUGGGUCCCGGAGCUGCCUCUCCUCUCUAGCUGCCCUGUGGGUCCCGGAGCUGCCUCUCCUCUCUCUAGCUGCCCUGUGGGUCCCGGAGCUGCCUCUCCUCUCUCUAGCUGCCCUGUGGGUCCCGGAGCUGCCUCUCCUCUCUCUAGCUGCCCUGUGGGUCCCGGAGCUGCCUCUCCUCUCUCUAGCUGCUUGUGGGUCUUUCAGACUUUCAGGUAGAGAGGCGUUCUCGGGAGACCCCACUGGAAAGUGGGCUGCUUCUUCAUGGGUUUAGCUGCACUUGUUUUUUUAGUUUUAUUUUUUCUGCUACCCAGAUCCUCCUAGCAAAAGAACCUCACAGGAUCACACCCUCAUGUCUAUGCCUGGCCUUCAGUUUCUGUCCCUGUGUUGGGGACGAGAAGCCACAAACACAAACCACACCCUCUGUGCUGCUGAGAGCAGUCAUUGCUCAAUCCUGCUGCCCACUGCCAGCUGUAUAAUCAGAAACAAAGAGAUUCCUUCAAGCAGUUGUUCCAGCUCUUCUGCACGGCAUUAGAGAUGCAGGAGUUAUCUAGUGGACUGUUACGAGAGUUUUCUGGUCUGCCUGCAUAGAUAGAGGCUCUCCAGAGCUUGUUGCUGCUUCUGCCUGGAAAGACAAGACUCUGUACUGCAGGCAGAGUAACUGCCCCUGCCCCGCCCCUCUCAGAUUGCCCUUACACUUUCUCUGCUGCUCACAGUGUAACACAAGGAGUACAGAAACAAUGACAGUGAGAGCUACUUCUCACACUUUUGUAAUGGGAAUAUUUUAUAGGCAAUAGAUCUGCUUUGUAAAGGGAGCCCUGUACUCGUCAUCUGCAUUGUGUUGAUGCAGACUGCAAGUCUCUGUCAGCCCCAGUUAAAGAAGUGCUGAUUGCAGUGGAGGUGCCCGGCCAUGGCUCUCAGCCUCCAGGGUUCUCUUAAAAUCUCUUCACAUGUAUAAUGUUUUAUUUUUAAAGUCCAUUGAUCAGUUACUGCAGCUACAGACUGACGUUGAAGUCUGUGAGUGCUGCCUUUGUAUGUGCCCUGGAAACCAGUAUAGAUUUAAAAUGCGUAGAGAUAUAUUUUUAGUUGAAACAAAAGUAAAAACCGGCUGUAGUGUUGGUGGAGUGCUGGGGCUGACAAGCCCUGAUUUAGUGCAGCAGAGAGGUCCUCUCCAGCGCAGAGUAGAGCAUGUGUUCACACUGCACCCUCCUCGCAUGCACUGCACAAUUCUGCAAUAACGCUUGGAAAAUGAAACAUACAAGAAAAAAAAAAAAAUCAACUGUAGUUUGUUGGAUCUUAUGAGUAAAAUCCACUUUCAGUAACUCGCAAAAGUUAAAAAAUAAUAAUUAGAAACGCUUCUACUAAUCUAGAAUGAUAAAGUUUCACAAAGUAAAGGUUUUAUUUAAACAAUGGAAUAAAUGCAAGUCAAUGUUGGAAGCAAAAACCUGGUCCAGGUAUUUAUUCUCAGCAGGUAAUCCCUCCCUCAGUCACAGUGCUGCUUCAACACUGAAGUGCAGUCAUUGUCCUCAUCUAAACGAGCACCACCUGCUGGGCUGACUGCGCGCUGCAGCCUUUCACUUGCCGACUGGAACAGAAAUGAACCCAUUAAUGACAAACUGGGACAGGGUAAAGAUGAUAGUUUUGGGCAUGCCUUUGUCAGAUAAAAUCUUUUAUCUUCCCAGACCCAGCUUCCUGAUUCAGAUUUUCUUGUUGAAUAAUCUCUGCACAGUUUGUCCUGGAUUUUAUACAUCCAAAUGAUUUCUAAAACACUGCAGUUUAACAUUGGGGCUUCAGAAAACAGGCAUUUCAUGGUGAACUGUUCUGCUUAAAGCCAUGUGCUCCCAUCUGUAAAGGUACUGAAUCGACUGCAUCGGCCAGUCUGGGAAUUCAGGAGCUCUUUGUGCCUUUUAAAAAGUGACAAAUAGGAAUUGCUGCUGAAAAUUCAACAGAGUGGAAAACAGGCCGAGUCCUGGUGAAAGUCCUGCUCUACCGCGCAGCAUUGUCAAGACAAUGUAACUCAUCCUGAGAAAAGCAAACUGGUUGUAAUGAAAUGUUCAGAACCUGUAAAGAUGUGGGUUUGGAUAAUGAAAUGCUCCUAAUUUUC